AUGGAUAAGCACUUGGAGAUCCUCGCGAAGGUCCACGUGGAGACGCGCUUCUUCAAGCUGAACGCGGAAAAGGCCCCUUUCUUCAGCGCGAAGCUGAGGGUUUGGCAGCUGCCGACUUUGGCCCUCUUCCGCAGCGGGGUGUCUGUACACUCCAUUAUAGGGUUUGCGGAAUUGGCCAAUAAAGAUAAUUUCAAAACCAAAACCCUCGAGCGCCUCCUCAAGAAAUACGGAGUCUGCGAGGACCCCCUCAGGCAAAUAUCCAGCGGCUCUGAAGACUCUGAUGAAGACAAAUAA